AUGCCUAUCUUAAUCGCCUAUGCGACCUCUCACGGCUCGACGAGAGAGGUAGCAGAACGCAUCGCCUCGCGCCUCCACGCCGAUGGCUUUGCCGUCGACUGCCGGUCCGUCGACCACGUAUUCAGCGUGGAGAACUACAGCGCCGUCAUCCUGGGCAGCGCCGUGCACAAUCAAAAGUGGCUGCUGGACGCACAAAAGUUCCUCGACGUCGAGGCCAUGGGUCUCCAGACGAAGCCCACCUGGACCUUCAGCGUCGGCAUGGCUCCGGCCGUCGGCUCGAAAUGGAUCCGAGACCGAGCCGUGCGCCGCGAGUCCCGCCAGAUCGAAGAGGUUGUCCUCCGAAAGGUGCCCAAGGUCCGAGAGCACCGUCUGUUCGCGGGAAAGGAUGACGGUGCAGAGACCCCCGCGCCUGUCCGAUGUCUCUGGAGCUGCAUCGGUGGGCGUUGGGGAGAUUACCGCGACUGGGGCGAGAUUGACGAAUGGGCAGACAUCAUUGCAAAGGAAUUGAAAUUGGAGGGCAUAUGA